UUCUAUCAAAAAAUGAACUCCAAUCUUUCCGUUCUAUUAUUUAUUUUACUUGGUAUUUACACAAUAGCUGUUAGAGUAACUGAUGAUUCUGAUGAGGAUUGCGAAGAUGACGAACACAAUGAUAACAAAUGGAGAGGUUCAGGCUCGUUUAAUAAGAAGGAUGACGAAUGGAGGGGUUUAGGCUCGUUUGAUAAGAAGUCCAACAAGUACGCAUUCUUAAGAAACCCAAAAAGCGGUCUUGUGUUAGCCGCUUAUGACGAUGUGGUUACAGUUGAAUACUUUAACGGUUAUCCAGCGCAGUUGUGGAAAGCAGAAAGUGCAUCUCCUGGUACAUUUUAUGUCAUUAACAAAGCUUCUGGUAAAAUUGCAUAUAUGGAUUAUAAAGGUCGAAAAAAAAUUAAUCAAGUAAUUACAAUACCGAAAUAUGCUUUAAAUGAAAACAAUAAGUGGAGUGGUAAAUGGUUCAUUAAUUCUGAUAAUACAAUUGUUACUUCCCGAGAUUCAAUGGCGCUAACUAUAAGUGGUGAAAAUAUCUCGGCUGGAAAUGAGGUGCUAGGGACUCCUAAAAAUGGAAGAGCCAGCCAAUUGUUUAUUUUUCAGUAUGAUUAGAUAUUUUGUAACAAUUUUUAAGAAUUAAUAUACAUCAUUAUAUUACU